CAUUUGGAAAAGUAGUAAAACGUUUUUUUCCACUGACUCUAAAUCUAAAUGUAAUUGCUCUGAGAUUUUGGUUAUUGCUAUGACUCACAGCUCAGUGGAAAGCACAAGUAUGGAGGUGUAAGGAAGACUGUUCGUUACAGAUGCACAAAAAUGAGAUAAGCAUCAUAUUGUCUAAAUGAACAAGCAGCACCUUUAGUGGAAAUCAUGAAUUCAGAUCAGCUUACAGUUCCUCCACUCUGCGGGUGAGGAAGAGAUUUCUGUGGUUUUGCAGUUCCACUGCAGACACACUCUGUAUGUGCUCACCCACAUCAGAAAAACCAACAGGUCUCAGGCCUCCAGAACAACCUGCAGUAAACACUAGCCAAUAAACACAGACUUGUUCCAAUCCACGGGUUUGAAAUAACAACGGUGAAUUCAUGAGUUGGUUCAGACAAGAGGAAGAAGACAAUGGAAAUAACAUUAUGCUGUUUUAUAAGUUUAGCUUUUCCCUCUCAGAGAUUUCACAAUUCCAAUACAAAAGCAAAUAUAAAUUUCUCUCAUAGCUGUUUGUUAUUCACAGUCAUACCCUAACUGACUAAUAAACCAACUAAUAUCUAAUUAACGGCUGUUGCUGUGCUGAUUGAAUGCUAACACAUUGUUUUACUAAUCUUUUUACUAACGUUCACGAUCGUCUCUCUCAGGAACUAGUCAAAGCACCAAUGUGACCUCCAGCACUUAUGGUAAACUCUUUUUCCUAAUUUCCUCUCCAGGUAUUAUAACAUAUAAUUAACAGUUAAGCACCCGCUUUUGUCGUUAACCCACUUUUUUCCGGGUUGAAUAAACUGAAUGAACGAGAAGAUACUUUGACACAAGUGACUUCUGAAGUAGAGAGUCAUUAUUUUGAGUUUAUUUUCAAAAAAUGUGAAAUCUGAAUGAAAUAAUAUUAUUUGAGUCUGGAGAACAUGUUCGACCACUUUGAAAAAACAUUCUUUACUAAGUGAAACUAUUCUUAAAAUCGGGAUUUGGUAGACAUAUAUCAUGUAUCAUUUAAUUUUGAAAGACGAUUUCAUAUACAAAUUUCCAUUUCACACAUUUAAUCCAAAUUUGUUUAAAUGUAUUAGAUACCUGUGUAUUUAUCCCAGGCUACAGUUUAGUAAGUGGUGUUGCAUAUUGCUGCAGAAUGUUGAUAAUUUAUAUAUAUUUGUAUGUACUUUACAGUUAAGAUCAUGCGUACUGUGUCAAUUUGUUAACGACAGAAUAAAUACAAACCAUAUGAGUCACUCCACCUCUCUGUGCAAAAUGAAUGAAACUAUUUUCUUUGACCCCUUUUCUCUAGUUAUCACAAAUCUAAUGUUCAACUCAGGCAGUGAUGUGAACUUGAGCUGCAGUGACAGGACGUGGAGCGAGACUCUCUUUGUGAUUUGGAACAUGACGCUGAGAGACAGAAUAUGUCACGUCUCCCUCAGCAACGGAGACACGGUCAAAGACUCCUGCAAAGAUGGCAAGUCUCUCAGGAUCACGUCCAGGUCUCAGUCGUACCUGCACAUCCCAAACUUCUCUGCCGCUGACGUGGGGGUCUACAACUGUGACUUUGUUUACAACGGGGGGAAGAAGGACUGUAAGAUCAACGUGGCCAUAACAGCUGCUCCCCGUUUGUCAGCCUGGUUAGAGCGCGGGGACAAGAUGGUGGCAGUGUGCAAAGCCGAAGGAGGAAGGCCCGCCGCCAACAUCAGCUGGACUCACGGCAGAGCCCCGCUGCCUGUGGAGACUCUCGAGUCAGAUGGAUCGAUCACAGUGGAAAGUCGUCUGGAGCUCGACGAGGGCACGGACACAGAGAACCUGACCUGUGCUUUCAGGCACCCAUCCUGGGACCAGGAGAAGAUUCUGGGAGUAAAACUCAGAAAAGUUUAUUUUCCUUGGUGGCACAUUCUUACUGGUGUUGUAAUCAGUGUGCUUAUACUGGGAUUUGCCAUAUUUGCACGAAAGAAAAUCUUAAUGUUGAGGCGAUCCCACCAGCGUGACUCAUCACCAUCCAAAUCUCUAACGAUAGAGGAAGUGGAGGAGGUGGAGCCUUAUGCCAGCUAUGUUCAACGUGAGAACUCUAUCUAUAACUGAGCUGCACACUUGUUCACAUCCUGCACAUGCGUCAGACACUUCGAUGCACGUGGCUCUUUUUGAGGGACUGAAGGAUGAGGAAAUGACAGGUGGACGAGAAGGUGAUGGAAGGAUGAUUUCGUCUUUGGAGGAGAGAGCAGAGCCUCUCAGCUUCGUUCUGACUAACACUCGACGGAUGGAACAGGGGAUGUACCUCGUGUCUUGCCCACUGCUCUGUGUGUGGGCCUCAUGGAAAAUACUAUUCAUAACUUUUGACUUAAGUCUUCACUCGGAUGUGACAAACUACAGAACUACACACUCUUGGUUUUGCUGAUGAAAUACAGGAACUGUAAUAAGAUGUUAAUUUAAAUAAUAAUUUGUAGAUGAACAGAGACAGACAUUUUUAAUUAGAGGACACAUGUAGUUCAGCUACGCUCAGCAGAAGUAAUGCAACUACUAAACUAUUCAGAACAAGUUAACAAGUACAAGUUGUGCUUGUUUUGUCGGAUAUACAUUUUUACAUUACAGUGGUGGUGCAGUGUUAAAAGUUAGAGUUGCACAUAAAGUGUGAAAAGCAGUCCACACCUUUCACAGUGGCUAUUAUGAGAUAGUAGCCGAAGUCAUUCAUUUGAGUUGGUUAGUCAUUAUUUUGAGAAGGCUUCUCAUUAUUUUGACUUACAAGAUGAAACAUGCUUCCAUAACCUUGUGUAAUUUUUGCACGUCCUCUAAAGAUAAGGACUAUGGGGCCUGAGAGGGGAAAUCAGAAAAGGGAGCUCUACUGCCACCUACUGUGGAGAUCAGAACAUGAACACAACACAGUCAUGUUCUCACUCUGUGCCACAGUCCUUAUUAGGAUGGUCUAAAUAACAGCACAUUACAUAAUAUUAAUAGCGCUGAUAAUAAACGCUUACAUUUUCAACUCUUUAUUGGUUAGGUCUGUAGAUGUGCAUGUUUUAAACAACAGCCUUGUCAGUGUAUUGAGUACUACACCUUUUGAGUUUUUAUGAAAACCGAAGGCUACCCCAGGUUCUCUCUCAACUGCAACAUGCAGCUUCACCACUAGAGGUCACUAAAUUCCAAACACUGAACCCUGGGCCUAAACAUUAGAAAAAAACAACUAGAUCUGCCUCAUAUUUAACUCCAGCUGAACUUUAUUCAAUAUUUUGUGUGUGGAACAAGGACUUUGGACGUCAACCUCCAUCUCUCACACUGGAUUAAUUUAAUGAAAGGAUCUACUGAUCGACAGUAAGAACGGGAAGAGUGAUCAAACUUAGAAGAAAAAUGUCUAUAUGUUCACCGAAUUCUAAUAAAGGCAAGUGACAAUU